AUGUUUCCAAGUGUCACAAUUGAGCAAAAGUUGCACUCCAAUUCUGACAAAGGCGAUGGGUCUGUCAAGUACAUCCUUACUGGAGAAGGUGCCGGAACUAUAUUUAUCAUCGAUGACACCACCGGUGACAUCCACUCAACGAAAAGCCUAGACAGAGAGCAGAAGACCCACUAUGUGCUUCACGCCCAGGCUAUCGACCGACGAACAAACAAGCCUCUUGAGCCCGAGUCCGAGUUCAUAAUCAAAGUACAAGACAUCAAUGACAAUGCUCCAAAGUUCACAGAUGGACCAUACAUCGUUACUGUGCCUGAAAUGUCAGAUAUGGGUACCUCUGUUCUACAGGUGACAGCUACUGAUGCAGAUGACCCUACCUAUGGAAACAGUGCGCGGGUGGUUUAUAGUAUUCUCCAGGGACAGCCCUACUUCUCCGUAGACCCUAAAACAGACAUUCCACAGAAAUUUAGAAUAACGACUAAAUCCAAUGAGAAACUUCAUGCAAUGUUCUUAGCCCAGUCCUUGGAAAGAUAUAGGACUUCUAGUACCAUGCUGAAUAAAAAUGGUGAGAGCGGGUACCCCUGUCUUGCUCCUAGUAUGAGAGGAAAAGGUUGCAGCUUUUUCCUGUUGAGUAUUGUAGAAGUGCCAACAACACUGAGUUCACCUUUGGCCUUCCAUCUUGUUUUCUCCUUCUGGUACAUGGAUGAUGCCAUUUUAGAUAAGAUUGUGGGAGACCUUAUAUUGCCCAUCAGACAAGACCCUCAUAUUCCUCGGUUGAGAUGGGAAGCUGAGACCUGGGACCUGAAGCAGCUUGGAGGCGGUGAAUAA